UUGGCUAAGGGACGCGUCACUCCACCUGACUUCCAAGCACACCCCUCCCCUCUGCACGGUUUACAGGCAAGGAAGAAGACUUCCCGUACAGGUACUUCUGUCAAGGAUGAGAUUGGAUCGUUUUCGCCGCGGAAUCAAACACGUUUGACUGCCAACUCAGGCCUGACCGUGGCAGCGUGACCUUCAGAGGUCAGAGUAUUGCUCUUGGAUGCUCCGUUGUGGUCUCCCCUACUGCAUAUUGCACCGAAAAAGAGGACUCCGACAAAGAUGACAUCAGCAUCGCCGGCUCACAGUGACAGCAGCGGCUCUUCUAAGCAGGAUAGUAACCAGGACAGUUGGGAAAUUGUGGAGGGGUUAAGAGGGGCGCCUGCCGUCAUGCAGCAGCCUGAGCAACAGGAGGGUUUCCUGCUCAAGAGACGCAAGUGGCCCAUGAAAGGAUGGCACAAAAGAUAUUUUGUGUUGGACAAAGGCGUUCUCAAGUAUGCCAAACGUGGCACAGAUAUAAGGAAGGGAAAGCUGCACGGCUGCAUCGACGUCGGCCUCUCUGUCAUGGCAAUCAAGAAGUCCACCAUGUGCAUUGACCUGGACGCAGAGGACAACAUCUAUCACCUGAAGGUGAAGUCUCCCGAGCUGUUUGAGGAAUGGGUGACCAAGCUGCGUAAUCACCGCGUGUUUCGCCAGAACGAGAUCUCCUCCUAUCCCCAACAGCUACACCUACACUACAGCCCCCACACCUUUUCCUCUCCCUCCCUCAGCGACUCCUUGAGGAAAAGGGCUACUCUGCCCAAGCAGGCGUCGAUAAACCAGGCCAAGGUUAGCUCUUGGCUCCACUCCUCGGAGGACAUGAACAAGUGUGGCAAAGACUUGGAGGAGUGUGAAUCGUACCUACUGGAACUCAACCUGCUUCUGAGUAGUAUGGAGGCCAUGCACCGCACCUACUCUGCCCCAGCCAUCAGUGCCCUACAAGCGUCCACAUCUGAUAUCCCAAAGAAAGAGAAGAGGUCAAGGAAAUGGCGAUCCAAGAACAAUGGAAGAAAAGAUUCCAAAGCCGCAACCCAGAGCAUUAAUGCCUCCAAUCCCAAUCUCCCGUUCAUGGACGCCAACAGCCACGAGGUCUGUCCGGAAUCUCCAGACUCACCCAUCGAUGUUUCUCGUAUGCAAGAGAACUUCUGCAGGCUAGCCAACAACAUCCACUCCACACUGAAAUCCGCCUACAGCUCCCUGUCGACAGAAAGAGAGCGACUGAAACAAACCAUGGAAGUGCAAGCCCUGCAGCCCAUGCAGGUGACAGCCUUGAAGACCGCCUAUGGCUCAGUGAGUGACACGGCACCUCCCAAGCACAUUCACCUGUUGCGUUACGCAGUAAACGUUGCUGACUCUCCCACCGCUCAGGAGCGCUCAGAAGCCUCCAAUUCUCUGGUCCACCAGGCAUCAAACGAGAGCCGAGCAUCGAUCCCCGAGUCCGUUUCGGAGUUCUUUGAUGCCGAGGAGUACCUGCUCUCCUCUUCCUCUUCUGAGAAUGAGGCGUCAGACGACGACUCCUACAUCAGUGAUGUCAGCGACAGCAUCUCCGUGGACACCUGCAGCAACGAGGGGGGCAGCGAGAGACACAACUCGGGGUGUAUUUUGAACGUCUGCUCCGUGGUCCGCCGCCGCUCCACGCUCCCCUCUCCCAGUCCGGCCUGCAACGUGAGCCUGUGGAACAUCCUGAAGAACAACAUCGGGAAAGACUUGUCCAAGGUGGCCAUGCCCGUGCAGCUCAACGAGCCGCUCAACACUCUUCAGAGGCUGUGUGAGGAGCUGGAGUACAGCGACCUGCUGGACACGGCCAACAAGACCCCCAAUCCUUACCAGCGCAUGGCGUACGUGGCCACUUUUGCAAUAACUGCCUACACGUCCUCUUUCUAUCGAGCUGGGAGCAAACCCUUCAACCCAGUCUUGGGGGAGACGUUCGAGUGCGACAGACCUGACAAGGGCUUCCGGUUCAUAGCUGAACAGGUGAGCCACCACCCACCUGUGUCGGUAUGUCAUUCGGAUUCCAAGAACUUUAUGUUCUGGCAAGAUGUCCGGUUGAAAAAUAAAUUCUGGGGCAAAUCUAUGGAAAUAGUUCCAAUGGGAACGACCCACGUCACACUUCCUGCGUACGGGGAUCAUUACGAAUGGAACAAAGUGACCUCGUGCAUUCACAACAUCAUCAGCGGUCAGCGUUGGAUUGAACACUACGGCGAGAUGACCAUCAAAAACAUCAACAGCAGCAUGUGCGAGUGUAAAGUCACAUUUGUCAAGGCCAAAACCUGGAGCUCUUCCGUCAAUGAGAUCGAGGGCGUUGUGACCGAUUCGGAAGGAAAAGUUGUGCACUCCUUGUUUGGAAAAUGGCACGAGUCCAUUUUCCAAGGAGACCCACCUUCUGCCACGUGCAUCUGGAGAGCAAAUCCCAUGCCGGUGGACCAGGAUCAGUACUAUGGCUUCACUCAGUUUGCCGUGGAAUUGAAUGAGCUGGACCCCACCUUAAGACCUCUGCUGCCCCCUACAGACACACGCUUCAGGCUGGACCAGAGGCUCUUGGAGGAGGGAAACGUGGAAGGAGCCGAGGAACAAAAGCAGAGGGUGGAGCAGCUCCAGAGAGAGAGGAGGAAAGUGCUGGAGGACAACAACAUGACCCACCAGCCGCGCUUCUUUAAGAAGUCGGAGGACGACACGUGGGUGAGCAACAACACGUACUGGGAGCUACGCCGAGACCCCGGCUUCGCCAAAGUCGACUUCCCCGUUUUGUGGUGACUGGUGCGGCCGUGUUUUAUUCCGCUUGACCCCAGCGGAUCCAUGGAGAAGGAAGUAAAAAACUGAAGUGAGACCUAAACUGUGUCGUGUUAACCCCAACUUCCUGUACCCUCCCAGCAGAUGGGCAUCCUCACUAUGAACCAUGAUAUUAACACUUCAUUAGUAACUUUUACAAAAGUGCCUUUUUAUUGCCGCGCUGCUCCGGCACUUUCUUAGUGACAUGAACUGACCAGAGAACUCUUUUUAGCCGUCCUCUCUACACCCUGACUUUACCAAGCAGGAAGGGUUGUGACUGUAGCCUUAGCCUCUGUCAUGGUGCUGUGGGUGAACAUGGCAAUCAUUCUUCCAAAAGAAACACAGCCAAUAAAAGACACCUUGGAUGUA